AUGGAGGCUCUCUCGAAGCACCGCACCCUCCUGAUUGGCCUGGCCGGGCUGGGUGCCACAGUGGCUGUCACCUGGCUACUCCUGUCCAGGAGGAAGAAGAAGCAUGUGAGGAAGGUGGGGCAGAUCUCACAGCUGUUCCUCUACCCUGUAAAGUCAUGCAAAGGGAUCCCCCUUCAAGAAGCGGAGUGUAGGGAGUAUGGGCUGAAGAAUGGAGAGUUCAGUGACAGACAUUGGCUUGUUGUAAAGGAAGACAAAGUUCAUGUUACCGCCAGACAGGAGCCUCGCAUGGUGCUGAUAACGCUAACCUGUCAUAAAGGACACUUAACUCUCAGUGCACCAGGAAUGAAUAAACUGGACAUUCCCUUGAAACUACCAACAAGAAAUUCUAUUUUUACCUGCAAAGUCCAUGGGAAUGAGGUCUCGGGCAGAGACUGUGGAGACGAAGCAUCUCGAUGGAUCACAGACUUCUUAAAGAGUGUCCAAACAUACCGCUUAGUACAGUUCGAGGACAAGAUGAAGCGCCGUAAUCCAAAAAAAGAAUAUGCCACAUAUACUGAAAAUGACCAGGUGGCGUACCCUGACCUCAGCCCCCUCCUGCUACUAUCUGAAGCUUCAUUAGAAGACCUGAACUCCAAACUGGAAAACAAAGUCUCCAUCAGAAACUUUCGCCCAAACAUUGUGGUCUCUGAAUGUAAAGCCUUUGCCGAGGACUCCUGGAAUGAGCUUCAGAUUGGUGAAUGCGUGAUGUUGAAACAAGUCAUGCCUUGUCCGCGAUGUAUAUUGACCACAGUGGAUCCUGACACCGGAAUUAUUAAUAUGAAGGAGCCACUGGAGACGCUGCGCAGUUACCGGCUGUGUGAUACCAAGGAUAAGGAGGUCUACAAGUCCUCUCCACUCUUUGGACAAUUUGUGAGAAUUCAGAAGAAGGGGAUGAUUAAAGUUGGAGAUCCUGUAUAUGAGAUAUCCUACUGA